AUGUUAUCAUGUAUGAACAACACAAUUUCCAACUGCCCUUCUAAAAGUGAAUCAGAAGAAGAAAUAAGAGAUGAAGAUUCUGUUCAGCAGGUGGCAGAUUCCAACAGCCCCAAACAAGCCUAUGUGCCAUGUAAAGUGUGUGGGGACAGAGCCUCAGGGUACCAUUACGGAGUGACUUCUUGUGAGGGCUGCAAGGGUUUCUUCAGACGCAGCAUUCAGAAGCAGAUUGAGUAUCGGUGCAUACGAGAUGGGAAGUGUAUGGUUAUACGGCUGAACAGAAAUCGGUGCCAGUACUGCAGGUUCAAGAAAUGCCUAGCCGUAGGCAUGUCCAGGGACUCUGUGAGGUACGGCAGAGUCCCUAAAAGGUCCAAAAGCCAGGAGGAUCAGAGUGUAACGUCCAGUGAUUCUAGUCUUGACCAGUCUGCCUUGGAGAGCAAGCAGCUGGCCAUCUAUGACAUCAUUCUCUGCAUUUCUCAAGCCCAUCAUGCUCAUUGUGCCAUCACAGAGGAUAAGGUCAAAAACAUUGUCCAACACCCAGCGACACUGAUGACCAAAAUCCAUAUACCUGCAGGUCAGUUACACUUCAGCAACGAAGAGCUUGAAAUGCAGAAACUCCUCAUGUGGCAGCAGCUGGCAUCAUUGAUCACCCCGUCCAUACACGGGGUGGUGGAGUUCUCCAAACGGGUGCCCAACUUUGCGGACCUCUCCCAGGAUGAUCAACUCAUUCUCAUCAAAACAGGCUUCUUUGAGGUGUGGCUCACUCGCAUGUCUCGGAUGAUCAACAAGGAGGAGAAUGUCAUUGUCUUUGAAGAUGGAAGCUCCAUAUCCAGGGAGGAGCUAGCUGUGGUUUAUUCGCCUGACUUUGUCAGCUCCAUGUUUGAAGUUGGCAGCGGCUUUAAUAUGCUUAAUUUGAACGACACAGAGAUAGGGCUCUUCACAGCCAUUGUGAUAGCAACUGCAGAUCGCCAAGGGUUGUCGGACUCUCAGUCGGUGGAACGCAUCCAGGAUCGUUUAGUGGAGGCACUGAAGCUGCAAGUCAGUCGCAAUCACUCCACAGAGGAGAAUCUCUUUGCAUCAGUCAUCAUGAAGCUGCCGGAACUUCGUACUUUGGGCUCCACACACAAUGAUCUUCUGCGCUGGUAUCGCCUGCAGUGGCAUCGUGGCAACUUGCCGCCGCUGUUUGCAGAAAUAUUUGAUAUUCCCAAAAAUCAGUCGGAUGCUUACAGCUAG